GAUAAGGUCCUCCUGGCGUGCCAGAUGGCGUCGGCACGGUUGGGCGGACGAAUUUGUGGACAAAAAGAAGAUUAUCAAGCGGCACGCUAGGCAUCGCGCUGACAAACACUAGCCAACGUAGGCUCAGCAUCUUAUUCUCACAUUGCAAACGCGCCUUUUGAUAGGUUGUUGCGCGAUGAAAAAAGAUAAUGAUGUGCUGUCGCAGAGAGCGGCUGCCCCCGGAUGGUUGAAGGUUCUGUGGAGAGUAAGAAAACUGGGCCCAGACGCCCAGGUCGGGAGCAGCCACACAUCCCUUGCGACAUGGCGAUUACGACACGGGUUGGCAGCGAAGAUGGUGAGUGACAAGGCAAGGCAUGGUGAUGGGUGGCAGGGUGGGUAGGAGAAUCGCGCUCUGUGGGGUCCUGGAGUCCGGUCAAAAGCUACCCGGAGCGCCAAGACGCGAUAUGUCAUGGUGUUGAAGUAGGCAUCCCGACGUCAACCACCACACCAGAACUCCCAAGAUGGACGGUGACGAUUUUCCCGACGAUGCCGCCCUGCAGGCUUUCCUGGGCACCACCUCGUUUGGCAAGAAGGGCAAGACCAUCGACGCCAAUGCGAACAUCGAACAAUCCAAGCGCCAGGUCGUCGCCGACGCGCCGCAGCUCGAGCGCAACCCUUCAGCCGGCUCAGAUCGGAGCGCUCCAGCCUCGGACGACGAUGACGACGAUAGCGACGACGACGACGACGAUGACGACGACGACGACGAUGAGGACGAGGACGAGUUUCCCGUCUCGCAUGAGAUGGUCAUGAAGACGCACGACAAGGCCGUCACCUCUGUGACUCUCGACGCCUCUGGAUCCCGCUUGGUGACCGGCUCCAAUGACUGUACCCUCAAAUUUCACAGCUUCAGCGGCAUGACGCCGACGACGAUCCGCGCCUUCAAGUCCAUCGACCCCUCGGCGACCAAGGGCUCCACCAAUGUCGAGGCGCACCCGGUGCAUCAGGUGCUGUUCAAUCCGCAUUCACCCAGCCAAAUGCUCGUCAUAUCCGCCCUGCCGCAAGCCAAGGUCUUCGACCGCGACGGAGAGAUGCUCGUCGAGUUUGUCAAGGGCGAUAUGUACCUGAGGGAUAUGAACAACACCAAAGGACAUGUCUCGGAGGUUACGACGGGGACGUGGCACCCGACGAACCGCGAUCUCUGUGUCACGGCGGGAACGGACAGCACGCUGCGUAUAUGGGAUGUCAACAACAAGCGCGCGCAGAAGGAUGUCAUUGUGCACAAGUCUCGUGCCGCUGGCUCGGCAGGCCGCACGCGCAUGACGGCCGUGGCGUGGGCAUCGCAGGCAGAGGGCGCCAACAACUUUUUGGUUGGCGCAGCUCUGGAUGGCAGUAUCGCUAUGUGGGGCGGUGAAGGUCCAUAUACGCGCCCUGCUGCGGAAAUCAGGGAUGCGCAUACUCCGAACACCUGGACGAGCGGGCUGGACAUCAGCCGCGACGGCAGACUGGUGGUCACUAGAGGCGGCGACGACACAAUCAAGCUAUGGGACACGCGUAACUUCAAGAAACCAGUCAACACCGUCUCUCAUCCGUCGACGUCGUCAUUCUUCCCCACAACCAACAUCCGCUUCUCCCCGAGCUCAGCCAACGUCAUCACGGGGUCGGAGACUGGCCAUCUGCACAUCCUCAACCCGGCGACCCUCAGACCAGAGCUCGUCACGCCGGUCACCCCGGGCUCGCCUCUCAUUACGGUUCUUUGGCACGAGAAGCUGAACCAGAUCGUCACCGGUUCCGCCAAUGCCGAAACCCACAUGCUGUACCAUCCGAAGCUGUCGAGCGAGAAGCAGGGCGCUAUGCUCGUCAUGAGCAAGGCCGCCAAGGUGCGGCAUAUCGACGACGACCCGAACCUCACCAUGGACCUGUCGGCAGGCAUCUCGGCCGACAGCAUUGUCACGCCGGGCGCACAGUCAGCAACGACUUUCGCGGCCCGGCACCCGAACGUGGGCCUCACGGCAUCGGGUAGAUCACGCGACCCCCGCCGUCCUCACGUCCCGGCGAAGACACCCUUUGCAAAGAGCCAGCCAGACGAGGAACACAUCCGGAAGAACAUUCCGCUGUCUUCGAUGCGCGCGGAGGACCCGAGAGAGGCGCUGCUCAAGUACGCCGAGAAGGCAGAGAAGGAUCCGAUCUUCACCAACGCGUGGAAGGAGACUCAACCCAAAACAAUCUACGCAGAUAUAAGCGACGAAGAAGAGGGGCCAGACAAGAAAAAAGUGAGGCGAUAGUGGCGGGUGGGAGAUUACGGCGGGGAGGAUUGAUACAAAUAGAUGGAUAGCGUGAUGGCGCCGCAAAAGGCGAGUGCAAAAAAGUGAUGAUACCCAAAGAUAGAUAAAAAUAACGAGCAAGCGUUUUGAGGAGUCGCAUACAUGUAUACAUAGCUAGAUAGAGAAGAAGCAGGCGUGAGAAACAGCCACAACUGCACG